AAGCCGUUUGUCUCGUUUGGCGGGAGCAGCAGCCUCGAGGUCGUCUGACCUGAUCUGUGUCCUUGGGGACUGCACUGGCUUGCACUGACAAGAAGAUGCGAGCCAAUCUCAUUCGGAGCGGUGUGUUUGGAGGUGGCGCUGCGUGUUUGUGUUGGACAUGUUCUGUCUCGCUCCUUUGAUUGAUACUAGGAAGCUGUGACGUAUUUUGUUCAUGUUUUCCAACGGCAACUUGCGUCCAUCUCGACGUGAAUCGUCCCUCUUGACUGUCACAAUUCUCCUGCCUGCUCUCUCUCUUUUCCUUAGAUUAUUUGCUCUGCAUCUGUGAGACCAAUUGGGCUGUCUUUAUCCACAGCAUUCCCAUCUCAGCCAGCAUCUAUUCCAGAUUCCAGAUUCCAGAUUCCAGGCUCACUGUGGCCCCACUUGGUGAUGCCUCCACAGUAAAGACGGCCGUCGAAAAUCCAAGGCCGCGCCGACGAGAACGACAGCCGCCACCGUGAGUCAGCCUCUUCUACCAAGCUGGGCACACACGCUCCUUCCAACUGCGUGAAGCGUAGCUUUUAUUCAUGCCCUACCACUUCUGUCUCCGCCCACGGGCCUCUUUUCCUAACAUGAACCCUCCAUCUCCAGCAAGUGUCACCAGACAUCGGCCACCAUGUUAGCCCGAGCUUCCACCCGCGCCGUUGCUAGCAUACCACGAAGCCUACGAUGCGCCCGCUCGCGACCUCUCCCGCCAUUAGCUCGACACCCAGCGCGACAAUCCUUCUUUACUCGGCCGCAGAUUCGUGCCGCCUCGACCACAUCCCGCUCGUCGCCACCUCUCUCAGAUAACGGCCAUGACACAAGCGAAUCACAAAGACAUGGGGCCAAUGGGGGCCGCAAGAGAACCACGCUUCUCGCGGGAGCUACAGGCGCGUCACUGCUCGCCGCAAUAGCAGCCGUGACGCAGUCAGACUUCUCCAGCAAUCAAACAAAACAGUCAGACGGUCAGAACCAAGAUGCCUCGGCCGAUGGGAGAGAUCCGUCACUGCCCCGGCACCGCCUCGCCGAUAUCCGUGCGGAUCACGGUCCGGGCUCAGACAGGCCCUGGGUCACGUACCAAGACAAAGUCUACGACAUAACGGACUGGGUGGGCGCCCACCCAGGCGGCGACGUGAUCCUGCGCGCCGCCGGCGCUAGCAUCGAGCCAUACUGGGACAUCUUUACCAUCCACAAAGCCCCGCACGUGCGCGAGAUCCUCGACCAGUACCUGGUUGGCCUCAUCGCCAUGGAGGACCUGGACCGCGCCACCGGCCUCCCCGCCGCCGAGGCGGUCGAGGACCCCUUCGCCACGGACCCGGCCCGCGACCCGCGCCUGAUCACGCACACGGCCAAGCCGCGCAACGCCGAGCCGCCCGCGUCGGAGCUCGCCGGCGAGUUCGUCACGCCCGCCGAGCUCUUCUACGUCCGCAACCACAUGUGGGUCCCGCCCGUCGAGGCCGCCGCCGCGGGCCGCCACGCCCUCACCAUCGAGCUGCCGUCGGGCGAGGAGCGCGUCUAUACGCUCGAGGAGCUGCGGUCCCGCUUCCGCGUCCACCGCGUCACGGCCGCCCUCCAGUGCAGCGGCAACCGGCGCAGCGACAUGACGGCCUCGGCCAACGCCACCAACGGCCUCCAGUGGGGGGUGGGUGCCAUCUCCAACGCCGAGUGGGAGGGCGUGCGGCUCGCCGACGUGCUCCUCGACGCCGGGCUCUCGCCGACCUCGAGAUGCCCAACCGCGGUCGCUGCCAAAACCGGAAAAGACGACAACGACAACGACAAUGACGGCGACGACGACAACCGCGAGAUGCACGUGCAGUUCUCCGCCCUCGAGGCCUACGGCGCCUCCAUCCCGCUCUCCACGGCGCUCGACCCGCGCGCCGACGUGCUGCUGGCCUUUGGCAUGAACGGCCGGCCCCUCCCGCCGGACCACGGGUUCCCCCUGAGGGCCAUCGUGCCCGGCCACGUGGCGGCGCGGUCGGUCAAGUGGCUGAGCAGGAUCGCCAUCGCCGACGAGGAGUCGACGAGCCAGUGGCAGCGCCGCGACUACAAGUGCUUCGGCCCCAACGAAGGGUCCAGCCCGGACUGGGACCGCUACCCGGCCAUCCAGGAGAUGCCCAUCACCAGCGCCGUCACGGGAAUCUGGGUCGGCGGCUGCGUGCGCGAGGCCGGCAAAAAGGCCCGCUGGAUGCUGCGCCGCACCGACGAGCACCGCGCCGCGCCAGGCGUGCGCGACCUGUCCGGGUGGCGUCGCGAGCACCACCUGGAUCAGCCGCCGCCGCAAACAGCUAAGUCCUCGCCGGUGGAUGCCGCACCCGCAACCGCGACUGCCGCCGACGACGAAACGGUACCCGUGGCGCUGAUGGGGUACGCGUACUCGGGCGGCGGCAAGGCCAUCAUCCGCGUCGACGUCAGCGUCGACGGCGGCCGCACCUGGGACCAGGCCGAGCUGCUCGACGACUGCGGGCCCGACGGCAAGGGCUGCCGGGGCUCCAAGGCGUGGGCCUGGAGGCGGUGGCGCUACGUCGGCAACCUGCCCGAAUUUGCCGGCGCCGCGGCGGCGGCGACCAAGGGGCAAGACGGCGACGACAAGACGGGCAGCAGCAAUAGCAGCAAGUGCACAACGGUGCUCGUCAAGGCCACCGACUCGGCCUACAACACGCAGCCCGAGAACCACACGGGCAUCUACAACGUGCGCGGCAACCUCGCCACGGCUUGGCACCGGGUCUUGGUGUGCCCCUCGUGCACCAAGACGUCCGACGGCCGCACCGCGUGGCGCACCGGCAGCGGGGUGUUUGGGGCCGGCUUCGCAAAGGGUCGGUGCCUCGAGGGCGCCCCGGCCGAGGGGACGGUCGACAAGAAGAGGAUGCCAUGAGGGCGAGAUGCUGAGGGGAUUAUAGAGGUGAAGAGAUGACCAUGGGCCUACCGAACUAAUGGUUACUGCAGUGCUUUUUUCUUCCUUUUUUUUUAUCCUUGGUGCGUCUAGACUAGAGUUUGCGUGUCGAGACCUUAAUGAUCCUUUCCCACACAACCUUGAUCUCCACGUUAUUGAGCGCUUCUUUUUCAACAUUUCAGGCAGUCGGGGAGCAUCGGGAGGCGGCGUUUUUGAUAUCCAGAUUUAGAGCUUAGAAUGCCGAAGCUUUCAACAAGACAAAGUAUGCCGGCUGCCAGUGAUGCACAUGUGGCCACGCAACAGAGCAGAGAAACCGAAAGCCAGUGUCACGCAGGUGGUAAAAAAUUAAAAAUUGUUGUAUUCCUGGCCUAUGGCCAGGUCCAUGUCCAAAAUAAUAUAGACACGGGUCGAAGGGUAGGACAAAGGAAAUAAUCGUAAGGUAUGCCCGUA